AUGAUUUUUAAACAAUGGGAAUUUGACCGUAUUCCAAGGCAUCAAGUGCAGUCGAUCAACUCUGCCGAUCCAACGUCCUUGUUACUGAGUCCUGAACCAGUUAUAACAUUAGAUAACGAUAUUAAUAAAGGUUACGAGAAAGCCAUUGCUCUACCAUCGUCAUUAACAUGGUUGCUACCUGCUGACUUAAUACAUUUUAAACAAAUAAGCUGUCUUACAGCCGUUUUAAAACAGUCAUCUAAUCCAGAUCCAGUUGAGAUCGAAGAUGUUAAUACUAGUGGGUUCUAUGAGGUCGACGUGAAGCCUUCUACAAAGGAAGUACGCGCUAGUUAUCCAAUCUAUGAACUUGAUGAUCACACACUGGUUGUACUAAUAAAGGAAGAUGAACUUCAACAUCCACCAAUUUUACACAACUUUUUGGCGAUUGCUUUGGCGAAAGUAUUGCGUACUGCUAUUCAAAAAGUUUACUUAUUGAUAAACUCAGACAAAAUAAUUGGGUUUAAGUCUUUGUCUGAACUGCAGCCCCCGGAGUUUAUUGCGGGGGCGCUGGCUGCAAUAGUCACCGCAUUGAACUCUCAGUCCUCUUCCAAAGAGUUUCAACAUGAGAUAAUGGUAGUUCAGAGUGAAGGUCCCCGGGGGUACGAGAUACAUAAUAUCACGGUGGUUGAUCUUUUGGUGGAAUACAUGAAAUCAACAUUAGGAUAUUCAGAAGAAUAUGUUACCUCCGCUUACCGCCGUUGGAAAUCGAAUUCUGCUUCACAAUUUCAGAGCGGACUCUACUUGUAG